AUGUAUGCUCCUUUACCAGCUGCCCGUAAUCGACGAGCUGGCUUCGCAGCCGGCGCUCCAAUUUUGGCUAUAUGUUGCCUUGGAUUUAUUCUUUUUUUGAUUGCUGCAACGAUUGUUCUUGCAUUGAUACCUGUAUAUCUAUCAAAAAGAAGUGGUGGCAGCUCAAGCUCAACUACUCCACGUUAUCAAUUUGUUCUGACGCCUAAUCCAGCAGCUAAACGCCAAACGAGUUAUACUCCACCCGCUGGAAGCACAUUGGAUACUGCAUCACUCGCUAGCAUUGAUUCAGAACUAGCAAGAGUUUUAAAAAUAUCAGCUGAUGCAAUUUUAAUUGAGUAUGGUAUAGUUGCUAGUGAUGGUACUUCAAAAGUCUAUUGUCCAUUGGAAUUUAAUAAACAAAAAUGUAGCAAAUGUGGAAACAAUGGAUUCCUUGAAAGUAUUCAGUCUUUUGCAAUUACACCUACUAUUUUCGGUCAUCCAGUUUCAUAUGCUGUAGUUUUAAUUUUGAAUAGUAAUAAUAUUCCAACAACUUCAACUGCUGCACCUGGAAGCAGCGGAUCUGGAAGCAGUGGAACAGGAAGUAGUGGAACUGGAAGCAGUGGUACUGGAAGCAGUGGUACUGGAAGUAGUGGAACUGGUAGUAGUGGAACUGGAAGCAGUGGAACUGGAACCACUGCAGCUCCAGGUACAACUGCUUCAAGUUUGUCAUUGAGUUUUCCAGCUGACAACUUACCUGAUGGCGACGUGGAUAAAGCCUCAUACGGUCCCAUUGGUAGCUCGGUAGCAAAGAGUCUUGGUAUACCAGACGGCAGUGUUGUUAUUGACAGUGCAACAGUUACAGACAGCAAAAGACGUAGACGACGUGGUUUUGGUCUUAUGCGUGAACGUCGUGCCUCACACCAUCAUCUUCUGCUUUUCUUCCAUUUUCUUCUAAGCUUAUGUCCAAUGUGUGGUGAUCCUUCAUUUCUUAGCAACGUAGAAGCUACCCCAAUCACAAUCUCGGUCGCAAUUAUCGUCGGUGGUGUUACGGUUACAGUUUCAUCUAGUGCUACUGUAGCUCCAAGCAGUACCGUUUCGGCAACUACUCCAAUAUCGGGGGCUGCAACUACUGUAACAAUGGCUGGAGCAACUGCAAAAGUUGUUGGUUAA